GAAUCGGUGCACUUCCCACCUUCGGAACCCCUCCUUGGAGGCAUUUGCGUAAUCCGACUCUUAAUGGCCCCUCUAUAUAAGCUCGAUCUUCAUACCGCAUCGACGCACUUGCACCUGAUUACGACAAAUACUCAGCCAUGAAGUUCUCCCUCUUUGUCCUGGUGGCCGUGGCGCUGGUCGCGGUGUCGGCGAAACCUCAGGCCGAAACCCAAUACACCACCAAGUUCGACAGCAUCGACGUCGAUCAGAUCCUUCAAAGCGACCGAUUGUUGGAGGGAUACUUCAAGUGUCUAAUGGAGACCGGAAAUUGCACCCCGGAAGGCACCGAACUGAAAAAGGUCCUCCCCGAUGCUCUUCAGACCGAGUGCCACAAAUGUUCGGAGAAACAAAAGGCCAAUACGGAGAAGGUCAUCGCUUUCUUGACCAAAAACAAGAAGGACCUGUGGAAGCAGCUCGCGGCGAAGUACGACCCCGAAGGUGUCUACCAGGUUAAGUACGAAGAGAAAGCUAAAACCGCUGGCAUCGAGGUUUAAGUCCGCUUCGGACCCUCGCGCAUCCCUCUCCGAUCCUACCCGAUGAUACCCGGCAGCCCAUCAUUUUUUUAACUCUCCGUUGUAUUUCGAGCAAGUGCUCCAAUUUUGCAGAAAUAAAUGAUUGUCAAUCAAA